CGGCUGGUUCCUCUAAAGAGCCAGGAGGAUCUCGACAGAGCGGUACUCAACGUGGGCUCUAGCAGCCUGCUCAGACUCCUGCUGAAAACGCCCAAGAACAACCACUUCCUACAGGUGGGCAGCAGGGACAAACAGAGCGAGCUGAGGUCGUCCCGUUCUCUAGGGGAUCUGAAGGGCUGUAUACUCAAGAGCUCAGAGAGGGUCCGAAAACACUCCACAGGUUCUCUCCAUGCAGGUCGUAGGUCCCCUCCUCCAGGCUCGGUCCCGGAGGAGCAGCAGCAGAUUGCCAGGCAGGGCUCCUUCACCUCGAUUCACACAGAGGGACAGUUUAUACCUGAGGGCCUGGACCAGAAGUUGCUGGAGCCCUUUGGGAGUGCAAACAACUCUCUGUCCAGCAGCUGUCACUCAAUAGACCAAGCAUUGGACAGCCCUCCUUUUUCCCAGAACAACCGAGACAACAACUAUCUGAGCCUCAACUAUGAAGGACACAGAGGGCGCCACAGUAAAGAGGGAACUUUCCCUCGUCAAUUCCACUUGUCCAAUGGCAGCAAAGACUACAGCGAUGGUCGGAGGACGUUCCCCUCGGAAGCUUCCUGCCUCAGGAGAACCUGUUUCAGCUGGUUCCAUCCAAGUCAGCCCGGAGUAUACAACGGAGGACAGCACUCUACACUCCGCAGGCGCCUGGUGAACUGCGUCAGGGAAGCUGCUGGGUCGUGGGCGUUUGGCGAGUAUUACCUCUGGUACGACGCCGACCACCGGACGGAGAGGUCGGCCUGGGCUGCGUGGAGCGGCCUGGGCUGCGAUCGGAGUCCGGGCCUGGGCUGCACCAAAAGCUCUCAACUGCCGGAUAUCGCGUGGGAGUCGGCUGUGCGCGUGGGAGUCGGCUGGCAGGCGUGGGAAAAGUCAGGCUGGGACCUGCGCGUGGAGAUCGGCUGGGCUGCAGUGAGUCUGGACGCAGACUGCGUGGAAAGCGAGUCUGGCUGCGUACCGGAGAUG